AAUGCACGAAGACAGACGCUAAAAAUUGUGAAUAAUGAUUUGAUAUAUGUAUUUAGGAGGAGCCGACGGUUUUUUGGGAGAAAUAUAUGUGUUCUCAUGUCCCAGCCAGCUGUAAGUCACAACUGGUUGCCAGCGAGAAAUUCAGGAAAAAAGAACUCCCCAGGAAAGAAUUGCCAGGAAAAUAAAACUUUCCAAACUAAAAGAAUAUACGCCGUCUUUGGYCAUAACAACAAUAUAUAUAAGCUUUUUUGACGUUUAAAACGUUUGCCAGGAACAAAAUUAUUUUAAAAAAGGAAGGGCACCACAUUUGCUUGUGAGAUUGUCAACAAUGUAGCUCAAAAUCCCUUUCUCCCAGGAAAAAAUUCGUACAAGAACAGUUACUUAGAAGAACAGACCCCGUCGGCUUCUCCUGUAUAUUUCGCUAACUCCAUCUUGUGUAAAUACUUUUUUUAUGACUAGUGUAUUUUUAUGAAAUACAUUCUUUUCAUUGUAUGCAAAAUGAUGAAAGAGCUCAGCGUURUGUAAAACGAAUUUAAGGCGCCGAUAUCGGAAGGUGUGUUCAAAMUGCAUACCCUCUAUAAAGAAGCAUAUUUCGCGCAAGUGUAAAGCAAUGCGCAAUACAUGCUGAGGUAUGGAAUUGAGUGUUUACCGUCAUCUUCUCGUAAAUUGCUCAUGGGAGGAGAGGAUCGAAUUGCACACYGGGAGAUCAUAGUAUCUUGUAUCCCAUCUUSACACCUCGAUUUGGACACGUUAACGACACGUGUCGAAAUUGAAUUCUGUUCUGCUGUCCAUCUAAAGUAGUGCCUUACUUAUCGAAGAAUACAAUCUAACUGGUAAGCAUUUAGGCAUUGAAUACUUUUUAAAGUUUUUAAAUCAUUAAAAUGAUUAAAAUCAUUUUAAUGAUUGAAAGGUUUAUUGAAAUCGUUAUAUAUCCUGACUAUAGUUGUAGCUAAUUACGCUAAUAUACAUAAAGGUUAAAGUUGACAUGAAUUACUACGUAGUGAUAGUAGCCAAACAUCUUCAACUUACUCGACUUUUAUUCACAAUUACCGAAAGUGACUUCUCUACAUGCUAUCCCUCUAUGAUGACAGGCAAAUGUCCAYCUGGCUUGUAAGGAAUGUUGAAAUAAUGAAUUCUUUUGUUACAGAUGUACACGGACCAGUACUUAAUCUUUACAUCAGAUAUUUUAUCUAAUCGUAUUGAUUUGUUUAUUAAAAAAACAUGAGAUGUAUAAACAAAAAGCAAAAUUAUAUAUAUUUUUACGAGGGUUACAUGAGCGUKGUUAGUACCGGUGUAUAUUUUCCUAGGUAUUAUAUAAAAUAUGUGCGUCGGAGCUGUUCCUAUAGAAACAAGUAAGGGAGCAGGGGUUAGAGGUGUAAAUCCCAUCUUCAGAUGUGAUUUGACUCUUGUUUCGAGUGCAAUUUAUAUAUAUUAAAUGCUGUUUGCAACGUCCGUUUAUAAUGCUAGCCCUACUCUCGGGGUGACCCAUGCACGCUUGUCAAGUUCGCAUGUUAUGAUAAGGAUCAGGGCUAUUGUGUUUUUACUUCUCUUCGUAGGCCGGGUGAUCCUCCUGGUAGCGUGACCCUAUCACCUGGUAAACAAGCUCGUCCGCGUCACGCAAUUACGUUAGUGAACCAUGAGAUUUCACGGUUCUGUGCACAACUUAUUCAUAUUUUGCUUCAAUCUUACAGGUACAUCAUGGAAGCUCUGUACGAGGCUGUUAACUGUCCUCAAGUAGCAAUUGCCGUUGUCGUUGUGAUAAUAGGAACUCUAUACUUGGUUUCUAAGCUUAUCCACGGUGGUCGAGUACAAAACCCUGAUAAUAAAUAUGUACUCAUUACUGGUUGUGAUAGAGGAUUCGGUAAAAUGGCUGCAAUUCGGUUAGAUCAGCUUGGUUUUCACGUAAUUGCGACCUGCCUGACCGAUGAAAGUCAGAAGGAGCUAAAGGAAGAAGCAAGCAACAAGUUGACUACAUUCAGACUUGAUGUCACUAAAUCCCACCAAGUACAAGAUGUAUAUCAUAAAGUUACUGCUCUUAUUCCUAGGAAUAAAGGUCGUGCUUGCCUUCCUAAUGCAGUAGCUUAUAGCGUUUCUAAGUUUGCAGCUGAAGCGUUUUCGGAUGCGCUACGACGAGAAAUAGCUGAUUUUGGUGUCAAAGUAAGCAUCGUGGAACCAGGUUUUUUUCAAACUCCAAUGGUUACCAAAGCAAACCUCAGCAAUGCGUGGCGUGACGUAUGGAACAAGCUUGAUAAAGAAAAACAGGAAGAAUACGGUGAAGAAUUCUACRAAAUUCAAGUCGAAAACAUGUUGGUGGGUAUGGUUGACACGUGCUGUUCGCCAAGCACCUACAAAGUGAUUGACGCGAUCGAACAUGCCGUGACGUCAACACGACCUAAUUCUCGUUACGUGAUUGGCUGGGAUGCAAACCUAUUGUGGAUAUGGUUGUCAAGGUUACCAGCCAGUGUUGGUGAUUUCAUUGUGCAGAUGUUGGCGAACAAGCGAGGUGUUCCACGAAGUUUACAAAAGUAGAACUCCUUGUAAAAUGUCAUGAGAUUCCAAUUUUAGUUAUUUCUUAUAUUUCGAAGCAUGGUGUAGUAGUAAUAGCUUGUUUAUUGUCUACUUCAUGGUUGACUUGCGUCUCUAGCCAACCUCAGUAGGUUCUCUCAAUUGGCUCCACUAUUGGAAAGUCUUUCUGCGUCACGGGAUAUCUAUCUUAUAGCCUAGUAUUCUGUCUCGCCGUGCAGAAGCCCUGCAGUAGUUACCCAAGAUGGUCAAUUAAUUGAUUAUUCAAAAUAUGUUUAUUUAAAAACCUCCAAUAAGUUUUAUAUGGUAAAAAUAAUUUUCUAUAUUUUGCUGUGUCACUCAUCGCCCGCCGAAAGCUAUCUCCUCCUUCUCAUGGCCAMUGAUAUUAUUAGUGUUUUAUUCAACUUAGCAGAAAAUUAUCCGAAUUAGAUUGUUCCUAUUUCUAUCAUUGAAAAUAAAUUUUGUUUAUUUGGACAACUAUUUACAACGGCUUCCCAUAUUGAUUCCUUUGGUUGCUUAAUCGUUUACAAAUUCAUUAAAAGUUACAAAUUCAUUAAACAACUUUUUAUUAAAUGUGUUUUUAUUUUUAGUUUUUUGUUUGCUUAUUUUUCCAUCAUGCUAGCAUGACAAGCUACUAAUCUAACUAUUAACAUUCAAGUUAAUAACGAAUUCAAAGGCAUAUACAGAAGCCUUUGACAACAAUCAAAGAGCUUGAGAUUAUUGAACUACAAAGAAAUUGUAUAAUGGAAUGAAAAAAAGUUGAUAUUUUAUCAAUUAACACUGAACAUCUUCAGCAAAGUCACCCGGCAGGUUCCCUGGGGGAAAGAACCUCGCUUCGACGGCAUUCCCAGCCACAACA